CCUCUAAAUUUAUUUAUUGCUUUAUUUAACAAGACUCAGCAAAAUCUGGAGAAAUUUUUUGUUUUUUGAUAAAUUGAAAUUCUAUUGAUAAUCUUUCUUAUCAAUAAGCUUCACGAGUGUUCAAUUCAGACUUUACAUUUGUAUGUUACACAUCAAAGGGACUUUCAGAAUCAAUUUUGACUUAUUUCACCAACAGUAAUGAUUCCAAAAUUGGCACUUAAUUCUUCUGCAAUUGUAAAAAACUUUCAGCACCGGCCCCAUUUAGAUGUUUUGAGGGGUCUGGCUUGCAUAGCAGUUAUUCUAUUUCAUUGCGACUUGCCAGAAUUUUCAAACGGUUUCCUCGGAGUUGAUGUGUUUUUUGUCCUCUCCGGAUUUCUUAUCACUUCAAUUUUGCUUCGAAGUAUUCAAAUUGACGGUCAAAUUAACUUCGGCAACUUUUAUUGUCGGCGCUUCAUAAGACUGUUUCCUGCGUCGGCAUUCGUUCUUUUUACGACUGCGAUUUUUUACCGAAGCGUCGAAUUACCCAGUUAUGUAUCUAAACAUGCCAAAUCGUUUGUCGCGUCGGCACUUUAUUUCGAAAACUGGCACGGACUGAAAGUGGUAAUGGAUUAUUUUCACGAUAAGGGCUCGGACCAAAGUCCUGUAGUACAUUUUUGGUCAUUGUCAAUUGAAGAACAAUUUUAUGCAUUUUUUCCAGCAAUUCUUGCCUUAAUUACCAAAUUAUGCCGCAAAAGAUGCGCUUAUAUUCUUAUGAUUUUCAUUUUGAUGUUAAUUCUAUCAGUAAUUGCAAAUGUACAAUUGUACAAUCGUUCUCAAUUGGCUUCAUAUUUUUCAACAUUUGGUCGACUAUAUCAACUGUUAACGGGAAGCAUAGCUGCGAUUAUUGUUUGCUGGGUUGAAAUUAGAGAUCUAUCAAACUCUGAAAUCAAAAAAAGAAACUCGAAAUCAAAACAAAUCAACUUUUUAUUUGAUUACGGGUCAGCUUUUCUGUUGGUUAUUACGACAGUUCUGCUGGCAAAACUAAACUUUAACACUUUGGUUCUCGGAAUGUUGGCAACGUUUUCAACUUUUACUCUUAUUCUUACUUUGGAGUUUUCCACAAAUGAAACACUGAUUUCAAAGUAUUUUUUGCAAAGUUCUGUUUUAAGCCGUAUUGGAAAGUAUUCAUAUGGUAUGUACCUUUGUCAUGUACCAAUAGCGAAAAUAGGAGACAUACUGAGGUUUUUACCCAGUCAUGGACCAUAUCGGGCCAUAGUUAUAUUAUUUAUGACGUUCAUGAUUUCGGCCAUAGUCUGGCACCUAGUUGAAAACCCAGUAAAAACCCAUGUUUCAAUCAGCGAGAAAAACCAAAGCGAAACUUUGUUGGUUUUUAUAAUAUCAACUAUCGUUUUGGCAUAUUUUCUGCACGUUUUCCUAGGCAAAAACUCUGUGCCGGCGCUGGAAAAUAGUUUCGGCUCAAUAAAUGACCAGGUUAUAGCGCCACCUAAGCUAACGACUUGUGAAAAGUUGGCAAAGUUUGGGUCUAUUUUUUUAGCCGGAGAUUCGUACACACAGGCUUGGAAAAGUGCAUUUGAAAAACACCGCAGAAGUUGCAAGAUUACUUAUAAGUAUAACGCGGUGGUUAAAGGGGCAGCAUUGUACUUGCCUAUUUCUAAACAAUUCGAUUUGCGACCGAAAACAUUCAACGAUUUGAGUGGCUUUCAUUCGUUUAUUAAUCAGUAUAUCACCCAGCAGCGACCAAACACGACUAUAUUUUUCACCAAGCAUCUUCAUCAUGCUGAAAUGUGGUACAAGAAUUUCGAAAGAGUUUCAGUUGCUGACAUAGCAACUUGGAAACUACUAGUUCGCGAACUUUAUGUUGACUUUAUUUCAUUUGUUACAAAGUUUACAACUCCGAUUUUUGUUAUCGAACAUCCUCAUCCAGAAAACGACGACCCAAGACCAUGUUUAAAAUGGUUGGAACGAAAAUAUGGAGUCGGAAACUUUCAAAAUCAUUCAAAUGAGUGCACCAUACGUAUCGAGUACGAUGUAGGUGUUGACUACCUUCAUACUCUGUUCUCCGAACUGAAGUUGAAGUUCAAAAACUUCUAUUUUGUAGACUUGGGAUUCGUUUUGUUUCAAACUAAGUCUACAAACUUCAAAAUACCUUUAAUUUACAAUGGAGUCUCAACUUUCGGCGACCCAGCUCAUCUUGGAUUCGACUUUGUGUUUCAGAAGUUUCCUGAUUUCAUUGAAGAAUUGCAUCGACAGAUGUACUCAGAAAACGGCUAUUCAUUCAACUCAACUCAUCUUAAUUAGGACUGAUAUCCAAUUUAAAAAAGCGCUUUUGUUAUACCCGCAUCCAAGUUUAGGCGUAAAUAUUUAAU